UAACGCGUUUGGGGUUCCUCUGUACAAUUGUACAUGAAACUAUUCGAAUACGCGUGAACUAAUCUGAACAGACGAUGAUGAUACAAAUAAGUCAAAUCAGAAGGUGACAAUCUAGAGAGAGAGGGGAGAGAGAGAGAAGAGGAGGGAACGAUGGGGUGCUUUGCUUGCUUCGAUGGAGGUAAGCAGCAGAGAAAGGAAGAAGAACGGAUUCAAUCUCAAGAAGCUAGGGCUAAAGCUGCUGAAGCCGCCCAAAAGAGGCAAGAGCAAUUUGAACAGUCUGCUGCAGGAAGAGCCGCACGUGCACAGAUGGCAGCUGCUGCAAAGCAAUCUGCAAACAAUAAUAAGGGUGAACCGGUUCUUAAGUGGCAGAUGGGAUGAGGUCCAGCUUUCCUUAAUUUAAAUUGCGACCCUUUAUUUUAUUUGGAAUAAUCUCAACAUUUUGGUUGUCAGCAUUUCUGAAGCAGACUGUCGAUGACUCGCACAAAUGCUUCUUUGGUGUAUGCUACUCUAGAAUGAAUUAUUAUGUAACACAAGUAGAUAAUAAAGUUGCAAAUGUUUGUAUCUCCAAUGUUUCACCUUUGCUUCUUCCUCUUCCUUCUUCUUCACCUGACCUGAUCGUUGUACAGGAGUUUGGCGUACGAGCUCUUCCCCCACCCCACAACCAUCACCAUCUCCAGCUUUGUUCUAGUCAUACAGUUAUAUGUAAAUUAUUCUAUUUUCUUCUUAUGUAAUUUUUAGUUAAUGCAAGUAAUUAUUUGAGAUGCUACAA